AUGCUGAAGAACCUGAUCUGUGCAGCCUCAGGCUAUGUUGAGCUUCCCUCAUCAAAACAACAUUGUCCUGCUUACCUGUGUUCUCUCUGUGAGCCACCAGGGGACAGAGUUGGCUUUUACCUCAACCUUCUGUCAACCUGUCACACUGUUACCCUUGCUCUCUUUUCUACUGCUCUGCUUUCUCCUACCUCCUGGCCCACACAGGCCCACCUGGACUCCCACUCAGCUGUCUCCCUCCAUGGGCCGGGGGGGGAGUUGCCGGGGGUCCUGGAAGUGGACCCCCAACCAAUUCAGCUUGUCACAGCUAGGGGAGAGAAAUCCACUCACUUCGAUGCAUCCACUCUCACAGACCUCUGUGCAGAUCUGCCAGAGUUGGAGAUAGUGAGCCUCCUGUCAGAGGGUCAGCCAAACUACACUCUCCGAGCAGACUGUGUAUUUGGCUAUGACAAUGACGACUGGCUGCACACUCCUCUGCUGCAGCCAGAGGUCGUCCUUGGCCUCACUCACCAGCAAAUUGAAGAGACAUUCAAGUACUUCUUGCUGUGCUCAGACAGAGUUGGCCAAGUCACCAAGACAUAUCAUGACAUUAAGGCAGUUACACACCUAUUGGAGGAGAAAGAGCGCGAUCUUGAGUUAGCAGCACGGAUUGGUCAGUCGCUCCUGAAACAAAAUCAAGAACUGACUAGUCGAAAUGGAUUACUGGAUGAACAGCUAGAAAGUGCAAAGGAGGAGAUUGCUCAACUGCGUCAUGAGCUUUCAAUGCGAGAUGACCUCCUUCAGUUCUAUGCAAGCACUGAGGAGAUAGAAAAUGCUGAAUCACACUCACCAAUUAAAAGAAAUGAAUCAAGCAGUUCUCUAAGCAACUUUGUCCAUUAUGACUUCAUGCAGCAGAAACUGAAAUGUUUAGAGGACGAGAACCGCAAACUUCGAUUGGAGGCAAAUGAGCUCUGCACAGAGACGACCAAUUAUGAGGAACAAGAGCAGGAGCUGAUGAUGGUUUGUGUGGAAGAGCUAUCCUCAGUCAACAAGCAAGUAGUCGACCUAUCAGAUGAGCUAGCGCGCAAAGUAGAAGACUCUUUUCGGCAGCAAGAGGAAAUUAGCUCACUUCUUGCUCAGAUUGUUGACCUACAGGCCCGCUGCAAACGUCUAACUAACGAGAACGAGGAGCUGAAUCAACAUCUGAGUGCCUCCCGUGAGAAUAAUCUGAUACUAGAGUCAGAGCUCAGGGACCUGCGAGACAAGUACUCGCAGUGUGAGGACAUGCUUCACGAGGCUCGGGAGGACAUAAAAAAUCUUCGAAAUAAGAGUCUGCCCAACAGCACGGUUCAGCGUUACACUGCUUUGGCCUCUGUUCUCCCCAUGGACAGCUUGGCAGCAGAGAUAGAGGGCACCUUCCGCAAAGGUUUGGACACUCCAGCGUCGUCAGAUUACAAGACCCACCCGAGACGUGUAUUUGAAACGGUGCGAGUUGUGAACAGGUCAGUGAGGCUGCGCUCUCUGUGCCAUUCGCCGGGACUUCCAGGUUCAAGCCCGGUGUCAGUCCGCUCCAGCUGUACCAGCACGCCUCGCACCAGUUACUACGGCUCUGAUAACGCCAGUUUCACACUGGAGGACAAGCCCAGUGCUAGUCCGGCCCAGAAAGACGAUUUGAGGUGUCUUGAGCCAAAGCGUUUGGGCCAACCAGGCACUCCUGGAGGGCAGGACCUUGAAGCGGCCUUGCGCAGUUUGUCAGCCCGCCAGGAGAACCAUUUUUCUGAGCGGCCUUUCUUUGAUGUGGAGCGCGAGCGCAAACUACGUGCCUUGGCAGCAAACAGCGAGGAGGACGAGCGUUCUAGUGGCUUCUUGACACCGAAUGACAGCCUUGCCUCUAGCCUAGGCGCAUCAAACAGCACCAACUACUCCAAUGGAAGCUCUCGUCACUCCUGUGACUCAUCAAGUUCGAGGUCAUACCUGCCCGACCGCCUACAGAUUGUCAAACCUCUUGAAGGUUCUGUAACUCUGCACCAAUGGCAGCAGCUGGCCAAACCAAACCUAGGGGGCAUCCUCCACCCUCGUCCCGGAGUCCUGACAAAGGACUUCAGGGAGCUUGAAGUGGAUAUCCAGCAUGUGUAUAGUCUGAAUGACCUGGAGGAGGAUGAGCCUGACCUGUCGCUGCUUUCAGGAACUCACAGCAUGGGUCCCAACCAUCCUCAGACCUCUCCAACUCCCACUAUUACCACCUGUCAAGUCCCUCGACUCUCCCCCUCAUUCCCGUUUAGCCAUCACUCUAUCGGCCUGCCAUUUCGUCCGAACUGUGAGCACGGGAACCCUUCCCACGUUUCCGGCCAGCAAUACUUUGGAUUUAAAGACUCCCCCGCCACAAACAUAAGCUGGUCAUCACCAGGACUCCUGCAGCUGCUUAAAGAACGUGGUAUCUCCGCCUCUUUCUCGCCCCGCCAACACAUCCACAACACAGAGCCCGGGCUAGCCAUCGACAGAGGCGGGGUCUCGCGCACGAGCCCGGGCGGGAAUGGAAACGUUUUCAGCUUGAACUUGGUGGAAAAGCUUCAGAGUCUCAGGCUCCACAGAGUGGCCGCUCGGGGCAUGACAAAUCCUGAUGACAAAGUCUCCACCUGA